AAAGACUGGUAGAAAAACGACUGUUGGACGCUCUCUCCUCUGUGUGCACCUCCCCCCUUUGCUUCUGUCUUCGAGUUCGAACAGCCGGCUUUUGGGCUGUACAUACAGUUGCCACUGUCACCCCGCAAACGCACUAGCCAGCUUUGCGCAGAAGCGUUUUCGAUCUCCUUUCCAUCUCUUUUUUUUACAUCAUCGCAGUCUCCUCCGCCUUUUUGAAUUCUCCGUAAAAACGCGUGCCUCUUUUCCCCCUUUUCGACGCUCUUCCUGUCCACCCGUCUUCCCUCUUUCUCCCUCCUUUUCUCCUCCUCUCGCCCCGCUUUCGCGCGUCUUGUUCUCUCUCGGCCUGGCGGCGGUGGUGGGCGCUCGUCGUUUUCCAAGACAGCUGCUUGCGUGUCUGCGGCGUUCUUCGGAAAACUGAAGCCUGAAGACACAGUCGCGAGAAGUUAGCUCGGGUGUCUCUGCAGCUUCCCCGCCAGGAUGUUCUGACUCGGCGCUCGGGUCGAUGUACACCGGAGGCUCCCUCAGCAGCGCGCGUUUCGCUGCUUUCGUGUUUGCAAGGAUGGAGAGAGCGAAGAAAAAGAGGAGAGAGGCUUCCUCGCCGAAUGCAGACUUCGCCUCUCGUCCUUGAAAGAAGUGAAAAGGUUCCUGGCGCCCGCCUGGGAUGAAUCUCUCCUUGCGCUCUGUGCAGAAUCGAAGAGCACAGAAGCCUGCCUAGAGGAAAAGCGGAACAAGAAGCUCCUCGUCUUUCUGGGGACAAGCGCAAAACGACGAACGGCCUGCUGUCCUUCGUUCAAUCAUCCUGGAGGGAACACAAGGAGGAAGGAGGUGACACGACGCGGACAAGAAGCUGUUCUGCUCACGCAUAGGCACUCGUGUCGUCUGCUUUCCUUUUUUCGGAGUCUGAAGAUCGUCUGCACCGUCUUCGCAGCUUCUUUUUCUCUCCACUUCUUCGCCUUCUCUCUCCGCGUCUUGGAUUUGAAGGAGGAAGAGUGAAAGAGACUGAGAGAAUCUGCAAAGAGGCCUAGGUUCAGCGGCACGCCUGCGCUGUACAGACACCUGGAUAGGCCGGAAGGGCUCUUGGAGUUCGAGCAGUUCUCAGACGGAGGCGCGGAGAAAACUCGACAACCCAGCGCCUUCGCUUCCCAUGCGUCUCUCUGCAACUGCGCUUGCAGCUGGUGAAGCGUCGACGGCUCCCGAUGUAUGUACAUCCGGCUGUGUGUGAGGAGUAAAAUAUUUGAACAGGGUUCAGCGGAGUCUCGCUGCAGCUCUGCAGAGCUCUGCAUCUUGUUUCAGUUGAGUUUUUGGAAGAUGAGUAAAGGAGGAAGACGGGGGAAACGCCACUGUCACUGAUGCUUCCGGAGGAGAGGUCGAGAAGACGGAGUCUCGCGAAGAUCUGGAAGUUGCCUUCGCUGCGGCUGCGUUUCUUUUCCUCUGCUGGCGUUGCGCGAAAUCAGCUGCUCGCGGAAGAACGUCAAGCUCUCGAUGCCUCCGUCAGACUGAGGCGACUUCUCUUUCUUCUCUGUCCCCCUCCUUUCUCUCCGUUUCCUUCUCCCUGCCUCUCUGUCUGUGCUGCCUUGGCUUCCACCGCCUUCUUCUUCGUUUCUCGCUGUCCCAAGCCCUUUGUCGCGUUGGCUGUUUGCGAAGUUUCAAUUAAAAGAAAGUAAGCAGAACUGAGUGGGACUGCUCCAGUGCCAAGAGAGGAGACCUCCCAGUUUCUCUUUCUGACUGCGGCGCGCCUCCACGUCGCUGGACUGCGGAGACAGCUGAGAGCGAGUCAGUCAGAAAAGCGAGCGUUUUCCGUGGAGUGCUCUUUUUCUGCUGCGACCGGCCCACCCAGAGUCGUGUACACGUCUCGGUCUCCUCAGAGAAAAAUGGCGACUUGCGGAGAAGACGGAGAGAGGGGCGUCUCCCCGUUGCGCGCGUCGCGUUUUCCUUUCUCUGGAGGUACGUCUUCGUCUCCUCGAGAAGAAAAGAGAUGUUUCGGUGCAGAGCCGAACGACUCGAGCGACUCUCCACGCUCGCUCCCGCGCAUCCGGCGCCCAGAGGAGACCGCGGACGGGGGAGAAGACUGGCGAUCUGCGGGCUCGCUGAACUCCUCGAUUCCGAAGAAGGCAGCGCCUUUCGGACGUUCACAGAGAGAGCCGAGUGCGGAGACAACUGGGGAGGCUCUUGGGGUCCAUACGCGCCGAGUCAGCUGGUACGACGACCCCGUGGAAGCUCUCGCUUUUCAGUGUCUGUCUCCGAAGCAGCGGCGAAUUGGCGCGACUCUUUCUGUGCUAAAAAAAAGUCCUGCGCCUCGACUCAUGGCGAACAACUUCCCCGGCACCCUCUCUGCAAAUUCCUCUCUCUCGUCUCCUGCGGUACCGUCUCUCUCCACUUCUUCGUCUUUCCAAGCUCCGUGUUCUGAGUCUCCUCUGUAUCCCUUCUCCUCUUCGUAUCCCUCUUCCUCUGCGUAUCCGUCGCCUUCUUGUCCCCCCUCUUCCUCCUCUUAUCCGCUGUCUUCUGCCUAUCCUCCGGCUGCUUGUGCGCAUCCUUCUGCUUUCUCUGGCGUGAGUGUCUUUUCCGGGAGUUCUUCGCGAAAGAUUCGCCGAGAGGGCGGGGGCAGACGCCGCAUCGGGAAGGGCAAGCAGCGCCGGUGGGUGUCGCACCAGCUACUCGUCGCCGCGCUGCGCCGGUGCAUGUACGAGAGCGGAGAAGACGUGACCGACACGGAGACCGGCCUCCCAGGCGAGGAGUUGCCGAAGCCGAGUUGCUGGCAGAGGCUGCAGCGAAACGCCGCGGCCUACGAUGCCUUUCGACGAGGAAAAGAAGAGACCCUGCUGGGCGCGCAGACGGGGAGGAGGGAGAGGGGCGCCGCAGGCGAGGAGGAGUUGCUCGUGAGCGAACGCGAGGAAGAGAGGGCGCUCGCGAGACUCGCGAGGAAAGUCGACCACGGCCGACGACGCAGACAGCAGAAACUGCGACAGAAUCGUCAGCAGCAGCGGCAGCUCCUCUCCUUGAUUCGCGAGCAGAAACUCGGCCGAGACAGAGAGAGCGCCGGAGCCGCAGCCGAAAGAAGAGACACGGGAGACAGGAGAGGAGACUGUGGGGGGGCAGACUCGGCGGGGGAGUCCGAGGAGCACGGGUCGGGUCUCUCUUCGCUGGAGGAGCAGCAGGCGCUGCUGCGGUACUUGCGGAGACAAGAGGAACAGUUGAUCGAGGAGAUCCUCCGCGACCAAGAACGCGCCCAAGACCUCGCGCUGUGCGGCGUACGUACAUCUGGGGCGCUGCGGCGUUCGCGCGGCCAGCUCCGGCCGUCUGUACAGCUGCUUCGCGGGAUUCGCGUCUCGUUUCGACACGUCAAGGCUUUUCUCGCAGACAGCGUGCACCAUCAGAAUUUCUUGCGGUGUUUCGAGAGGCAGCUUCUCCGCGUCUGGCCGCUCUUGGGGUGGACAGACACCCCAGAAGCGGCGCUUCAGUGCGGAAAGGAGCCCUGCGAAGAAGCGCGCAAAGGCGGCUGCGAGGAAGGACACGAGAGAUGCAAACGCGAAGUGGCGGCCGAGUGCUGCGAGUCCAAUCUCGCUGUGAGGCCGCUCGGAGAAGUCGAGCAGAAUGCAGAGAAGACGGACGGGGAGAACGAAGCGGAAGAGGGCAGGGAGCAGACGAGAGAGGAGGGCGAGGAGAAGGAAGAAGCGACUCAGGAGACGGCAAAGUUGAGUGAGUUGGGAGGGGUGCGAGUGGCGAUGUUUCGUGUGAGGAAAGGGCCGGCAGCUGCAGACGGCAACUACUUGUCGGAAAUUGGAGUUGGAGAGCUGACGUCGUGUGAAGAACAGACUCUUCACGAGUUCUUGAAGGGUCGCCACAGCUGUCAAUUCCUCGGAGAAAACGCAGAGUUGGACUUGGACGAAAAUGACAACUCCGCCUGCCCUCCCUCGCCUCCAGACGCACCCGCCAGCUGUCUGGACACCGCCUCUGAAGAUGCCGACACCCGCAAGGAGAAGUCUUCUUCUUCUGCUCCCGCCCCUCCUCGGACGAGAAGAGACAGUGUGUUUGUGGUAUGGGGCUUGGACGGACUGCAGCGCAAGUUGCUUCACGGGUGCGUCGCGCUGGUCGAUGACGUCGUGUCCUGCUCCGUGCAGGUGGAGAGCGAGAGAGAGCAGGCGGCGGCGAACGCGGCUUUCCAGAGGCGAGAGACGGCGAAGAAGAAGCGCCGUGACGAGAAGGCAGUGAUUGUGUUGCUCCGAGGCUCCAGAGGCCAGAGAGAUACUUGUCUUUCAGGUCCGCCCCUGUUCUCUCCCGCGAACGAGUUUUUGGCCGCCCUGGGCGUCCCCAGCAGACGCAGGAAACUCAGCAAGGCUUGAGAGAAAGUCGGGAGGAGUCCGACGUGCGUCCAGAGGAAAUUCGCGGGAGUUCCAAGCUGCGUAAACAGCUUCGAACAGGACAUCUGUCUGCGGGGCGAAGGAAGAGAAGCGCAAAGACAUGUGUAUGUAUGAGUGCGUGUCUGUGAAUGUGGAGGCGUUUCCGGACUCGUUGGAGAUGUGGGGUGGCUGUGUGAAGGGAACUCGUUGUCUGCGAAGGACAGGGAGACAGGAGCUGCGAGAAUGCGUGGAUGUAUGUUUCGCGGCGCGCGGACCGCGGCCCAUAAGUGAGUGACAAGGGGGCAGAGAGCAAACGAGAAGGCGGCCUCUCCUUGGAGAGACGACAGAUCUUCGAGGUCUGUGAAGAGAACCACAGAGGGCCUUGUCCUCAAAAAUCCACUUCCCUGUCCCAGUGAACACGAAAUACUCGCUGAAAUCACACAGCGCUGCAUCCAUCCAUAUCUAUAGAUGCAUAUGCACGUAGACACACAUAUGCAGGCAUAUAUAUAUAUAUAUAUUUAUAUGUAUGUAGAUAUUUGUGUAGAUGAGUACAUACAGAGGUAUCGCUGCAUGGUUCUGUGUGUGCACUCGGGUGUACGCACACCGGAGUGUCGCGACGUGUUGCCUUUGUUGAGUUGGGAGUUGAAAAGAGAGUUUUUGUGCCGUUGUGACCUCUUAAGGUGUCUUUUCCCGGAGAAGCGUCCCUGAGAUGACGCGUUUAUACAAGUGAAAAAGACCUGUUUCGUGUUUGUUUCGGUUUCGCCUUUGAGGAAAUUUUCGUCGGAAAGCCCUGGAGCUCGAGAGUUUGUUUCUCCCGCGCUUUCGUGAAGUGUGCUCUCUUGUGGAAGUUCUCAUCUUUUUCGCGCUUCUGUUUCCCACGGCGCCUCCGCACGCGCCCCUUCCAGACUCCAGGCAAAACGCACUUGCCGCGAGUCGCCUCGUGGAUGUGCACCAGCUGCUGGAACACCGACCUACGCUUCUCUCUUACUGCAGAUCUUGAAAUUCUUAAAAAACUCAGAAAUGCAACUAAAGAGCACCUCUCCCCUGCCUCAAAAAUAUUCGUAUCUUAUAAAAAUAAUGUUCUGUUUUUAAUUCGACAUCUGUAAGCUCUCUCUCCUAUGGAUGCAGCUUUACUUGCUGUGUAUAGAGAGUGAAAAGGGGAGCAUGCAUGCUCGUGUUUUGGGCUCCUUUUUCUGACACCUGUAAAACGUGUGUAGCUCGAGACGCAAGUGCCUAUACACAUGUAUACAUCUACAUAUAAAUGCAUAUACAAAUAUAUAUGCUAACAUUAAUGUAUACAUAUAUCCAUAUAUAUAUAUAUAUAUAGGCGAAGAUACACAGGUGUAAAUGUGGAGAGAUGUGUUGAUGUUCGGUGAAAAUUCUCCGCUGCAUGCGCAGAGGCUUUUCAUUUAGAAUUUCUUUGCGGGUGAUAUUUCCUGCUCAAGCAGUUUUUCAGAUUUCCUUCGAUCUCUUUGUCGAAGCAGAAACUGCACUGCAUCCUCUCUUCCUCGACACUCCACUUGCCAGCGUCGAGCUGCCACAAAAGUCUCCUUCCCGAGUCAACCACAAACGUUCUCCUCUCGAACUGUACAAAAACUUUUUUUCAGAUUUACAUAUAUUCACAUGUGU